AUGGCCGUAUUUCCAAACAACGCAUUUAAACCAGAGAAUGCCGACGGUGGUCCGCUGGUGAAGACCGAGGGGGGACAGGUGCGGGGUCGCAUCGCCACUUCGUUCACAGGACGUCGCUACGCCAGCUUCCAGGGCAUCCCUUAUGCGAGUCCCCCAGUGCGGAACCUCAGGUUCAAGCUGCUGUGGCAUGUGAGCCUCCUGCUGGCAGGGCGUUGUUACCAGCGGCUGUGUGCUCCACAGGCGCCGCAGGCCGCAGAGCCGUGGCAGGGCGUGCUGAACGCGUCGGCGCCAGGACACGGCUGCCCCCAGCUGGACCAUCGCUCCGGAUGCGUCGUGGGCCACGAGGACUGCCUCACCCUCAACGUCUACACCACGCAGCUGGAAGGCAAGCCGCAGCCUGUGCUGGUGUGGAUCCACGGCGGGUCGUUCGCCAACGGCAGCAGCCGCCUCUACCAGCCGGACGUGCUGCUCGACCAACAGCUCGUCGUCGUCACCGUAAACUACCGACUCGGCGCCCUCGGUUUCCUGUGCUGGCCCAGGGCUGGGGUGCCCGGCAAUAUGGGCCUGCGUGACCAGUCGCUGGCUCUGCAGUGGGUGCGACGCAACAUCGCUGCGUUCGGUGGCGACGCCGGAUGUGUCACCCUAGCGGGACAAAGUGCAGGGGCCGCCUCCGUCAUCUUCCACAUGCUGUCGCCGCUCUCCAAAGGCUUGUUCGACCGCGCGCUGUGCAUGAGCGGCUCAGCGCUGUGCUCGUGGGCGACGCCGCCCCACCCCGAACAGCGUGCGCUGCGCCUGCUGAGGGCGGCGGGGCUGCCCGCACACCUCAACCCCGGAGCCGGCAGCGAUGCCGCUGCUGUGGCCGCCUUUCUCGCGGGCCCCGGCGCCGCCCCAGACGUUCUGGUGCCGCGUUACUACGAUGCACUGGACCCACAGGAGCCGGUUGAGCCGAUGCUGCCGGUGCUGGCGGCCUGCGUGGAGACGGAGGCGGAGGCGUGCGUGGGCGCCUUCCUGCCCGACGCGCCGUCGCGGCUGCUGGCGGCGGGCCGCGUGCACCGCGUGCCACUGCUGGCAGGGCUGACGGACGGCGAGGCCAACUUCCUCCUGCUCAGCCGUGCGCAGCUGCUGGCGGACCUGCACAUGGUGGAGCCCGUGGAGCGCACGCUGCGGGCGCUGGCCGCCCACUCUCCGCCGCCGGUCUUCCUCUACCUGCUGUCGCACCAGCCUCGCCACAGCUUCUGGGGGACGCCGCUGCACCUCAUAAACAGUCUGGGAGUGCCCGGCGUGCCCCACGGAGAGGACCUGGCGGCGCUGUUCCCGCUGCUGCCCGGGGAGCCGCCCGCUGGCCAGAGGGUCCCCGAGGACGACUCGGUGCGCCUCUACUUCGCCACGGCAGUCGCCAACUUCGCCAGGACCGGAAACCCUGCACCAAAGACUAAUGAGUUGAUGAAGGAAGAGUGGCUCCCCUUCAAGCUGGAGGAUCAAGCGUUUAUGAAUAUAUCUUCUGUGCCCAAGAUGCAGCGGAACAUCAUGGCAGGUCGCAUCCAAUUUUGGAGAGAACUGUUAGCUGAUCUGGAGAUGAAAAGAAACAAAGAGAUCUCGCAAAAGCAACCAAAUCAUGCUGCAGCGGCGUUGCCAAUGCAAUCAAGUUGCUCCUUUGGAGGAAUAAUAAAGGAUAUUUCCAAUUCGCAGCGUAAUCAGUUUCCUAAUGUGAAGUAA